UUAACACAGCGGUGAAAAAAAACAAUAAAACAAAAACAACAAAGCGUAAAAUUUAAUAUAAAAAAACAACAAAGUUUGAGGAGAAAGCCAAUAAAGCGCGUUAAUAAAACAAAUAACACCUGGCAAUAAAAGUAAAAACCCAACAAAAUAUGAGUAACCCCUUCAAAACAACAAAUACAACAACAACUGUAAUAAGUAAGCACAGCAAGCAGCCGUAUUGAAGCAGGCAGUGCUACAAAGAGAGAACGGCGAAUCACAGCCAAUGAAGAGCCAUAUUUAAAACAAGAAAUACAACAACAAUAAAAUCAGCAAAGUUGGAGCCGCUGAACAGUUAAAGUAUAUUGAAUGCAAACGGUCAAAAUGGGCUUUCUAGAGCAAUAACAACAAGAAGUGUAAUUCCAACACUAAACUUAACCGUUAAGAUAACAAAAUCAACGCCAAAGGAGUUAAGCACUCCACACGAAACAGAAACUCCCAGCAGCUUUACGAAAACCCGCGCUUUAAUACAUUACACCACAUAGGGCGGAGCAACAAUCACAAUACACACACACUCACACACUCCUUCCUCCAGCGACAUGGCGAUCAAUUUCUCCGCAUCCUUUGCGGCUUGCAUCGCCGCUGGACUGAAGGUACCGCGACAAAUAAUGUAUUGCAUCACGCAAGACACCGGCCAGCCCUAUGUGCUGUACAAGGACUCACAGGAUGGCGAACGCAAUCCGGCCGCGAUUGGCGGUUCGGCCGCGCAGUGGGGCAGCGAAAUGUAUCCGGGCAUACAGCAGCAGGCACAGCAACAUUUGCAAGCGCAACAACAACAGAAUGGACAGAACCCAGCCGCACAGAUAGCGAGCGCCGCGCAAGCAGCCGCCGCGGCGGUGGCGCAACAACAACAGCAGCAGCAACAGCAAGGCCAACAGCCGCAAAGUCCCACGGGUGAUCCGCGCGAAAAUGGCGGCGAUGGCGUGGGACGGCAGCAGGGCUCGCCCUCGACGAGUCCAUAUCCGCCGCAGCAGCGCGUCAAUGGCGGCGGGCCACCCGACGAUGAUGUCACCAUGAAUCAGGUCGCCAACCUGCAGGCCAGCCAACAGCAGAACUCGGCGCAAUCCAACCCAAACCAAAGCAACAACGACCCGCAACAACACCAGAGCACGGGCCGCGAUGGCGGCGCGGGGAAUCCACAGCAACAGCACGUACAGAAUGGCGGCCCGACGCAACCGGGCCAACCUAACGAUAACUUCCAAACGCCGCAGGGCGGUGAACUCGGCGGCUACUAUGCGCCACGUCAUCCAGCGCCGCAAGGCGCCAUGCUGCCGCCACCCGGCUUCCCAGCACUACACUAUCUCAACAAACCGGUGUUGCCCGGCAUGGCGAACGCCAUGGAACAGAAUGGCGGUCUCGAGGGCUAUGCCAUGCCCGAACUGCUGCCAGGCGGCGCCGGCGGCGGUGGUGAUCAGCAAGGCAAUAAUGGUCAGCAGAAUGGCGGCGCUGGCGGUAAUGGCGGCAAUGCACACAACAGCGGCGCAAAUGGCAGCGGUGGCGGUGAAGGUCCAGUCGGCGCUGCAGGUGGCGCCGGCAAUGGCAAUGGCGCCGGCACUGGCACGGGUGGUGCUGGUGGUGCGGGCACAGGUACUGGCACCGGCAGUGGACGCGGUCGCCAUCCAAAUCCGAAUAAACCGCCAAAACCGCACAGCGAUUUGCGUUUGUUCAAGUGUUUGACCUGCGGCAAAGAUUUCAAACAGAAGAGCACACUACUGCAGCACGAUCGCAUACACACCGAUGCGCGUCCGUAUCCAUGUUCGGAGUGUGGCAAACGUUUCCGUCAACAAUCGCAUCUGACACAACAUUUACGCAUACACGCCAACGAGAAACCGUUCACGUGCGGCUAUUGUUCGCGCAGCUUCCGUCAGCGGGCGAUACUCAACCAACAUAUACGCAUCCAUUCGGGUGAGAAGCCCUACGCAUGCCCAGAGUGCGGCAAGCACUUUCGCCAGAAGGCCAUCCUCAAUCAACAUGUGCGCACCCACCAAGAUGUCUCACCGAAUCUUAUCUUCAAGAAUGGCCCACAUCCGACACUGUGGCCACAGGAUGUACCAUAUCCGGGUGAUGAGACUGAUACGAAGAAUGAUAUAGCCGGCGGUAGUGGUUAUCAUGACGAGGAUUCACAGGGUACGCCAGACGGCAGCGGCGGUAUACAUUAUCCGUCAUACUUUAAGGACAGCAAAGGUAAUAAGAACUGGCAAAAGAUCUUGCCAGAUGUGUUGCAGCAUAUCGGCGUGCGGCCGGCCAACAUGCCGCUCUACGUGCGUUGUCCCAUCUGUGACAAGGAGUUUAAGCAGAAGACGACACUGCUGCAACACGGCUGCAUACACAUCGAGUCGCGUCCGUAUCCAUGCCCCGAGUGCGGCAAACGCUUCCGACAGCAGUCGCACCUAACGCAACAUUUACGAAUACACACGAAUGAGAAGCCGUUCGGUUGUUUGUAUUGUCCGCGUUUCUUCCGGCAGCGCACCAUACUGAAUCAGCAUAUUCGUAUACACACCGGCGAGAAGCCGUACAAAUGCGCGCAAUGCGGUAAAGACUUCCGUCAGAAGGCCAUACUGGAUCAGCACACACGCACGCACCAGGUAGGCGAUCGUCCAUUCUGCUGCCCAAUGCCAAAUUGCCGACGUCGCUUCGCCACCGAGAACGAGGUGACCAAACACAUCGACAACCACAUGAAUCCGAACACGACAAAACGGCCACGUCAAAGCAACACGAAUAAUCCGAAUGCGGCCAAUGCCAAUAAUCCGAAUGCCAACAGUCAUGCGGCCGCUGCCGCCGCCGCAGCCGCUGCCAAUCAUUUAAUGAACGAGACCAAGAAUGCGGCACAACAAUUCCUCAACAACAACAAUCCGGCUGCGGCUGGUGGCGACAAUAAAGCGAAUAUUUUGCCACGCGCCAUGGCGGCCGUACAGAAUGCCGCCGUGCAACAGUCGGUCGUCAAGAAUGAAUUGUACUUCCCGCAGUGUUAUGGACCGCCGUUCCAGCAAACGUUUCAGACGCAGGGACAGCCCACAGCGGCGCAUAGUGGCGGUGCCGCUUCACAGCCGCCCGUCAACGUGACGGUGCCGAAUUCGGUGGCGCCCGGUGUGGUGGUGCAACAGAACACGCCCACAUCGGUGGUGGCUCAGUGACAUCCCACCACUGCGACAGCAGCCGCCGCAGCGGCAGCAGCAGUGGCGGCAGCAGCAGCAGCCAAUAAUGCCGGCACACAGCAAGGUGGCGGUGGUGGAGGCGGCGUCGGUGUCGUGGUGCCCACAUCAGCACAAAGUGCAACCAACAACAGCGCUGCGGCGCAACAACAGCAAAAUCAACAACAACAACAGCAGCAGCAGCUGCAACACCAGCACGCGCAACAUAGCCUGUCACCGCCACAAACAGUUACACUCUCCAUCACAUUACCACCGGUGGCGCCACUGCCGAGCGCCGCCGCCGCAGCCGCAGCAGCAGCGGCCGCCGCGGUCGCGCAUCAUCCGGUGCAGGCGCAUCAGGCAUCGCAUGUGGGCGGCGGCGCCAAUCUCUGCGGGCCGCCCACACAUCUGCCACCAGCGCAUAGCGGCGGCGGAGGUGGCGCGCUAGGCGUUCAGCCACCACCGCCACCACCACCACACACACUGUCACACGCUAUUCCUAUACAUCCCCAUAUACACUCAAUAUUCGGAUCUCUAUGAUGUCAUCAAGCAGCAGCCUAAUUAUAUGAAGAACACGAGUAUAAUUGAGAAGCCAACUAAAAAACUAACAAAACCAAUUAUGUAAGAAAACAAAAAAAAUAACAAUAUAUGCGCAGUAAGGGAAGAAUGCAUAACAUUAACCACUCAAAAAACAGCAAAAGUAUUCAAACUGACAGCUGUUGAGCGUGCGCUGCAGCUGGACAUGAAGCGCGCACUCGCACGUACAAUAUAUAGGCCUGUGGCGCGUAGAAGUAUAUUGUUUGAAAAUUAAAACAACAACAUAUAGUUGAAGCAUUACUACAUAUGAAAUUAAUGUACCGUUAUUAUGUGUUUUUGUUUACGAGUGAAAAUAGUAAAGCACGCGCGCGGCAGUCGGUGUAACUAAGCGUAUAAAAUUCUUCAGAAAUUAAAAAAAAAAUCCGUUAUAAUACAAAAAAAGAUAGAAAAAAAGGCGCUCAAUGCUUGUGUGUAUUCGGCGCUAGCACUAGCACUACCAAUUCAACAAUUCACCAAUUCACCUUUUUAUACUUAUACUCCCGUUUUUCAAUACAACUUAAGUACGCGCGUACAGUGUGCGCGAAAACUACGCGGGCAGACUUACUUUAGACACUACGGUUACGCAACUACAUAUUACACACACAACGUUCUUUAAACUAUGCCGUAAUUAUAAAAUGUUUUUUUUUUUUUUAAUUUUUUCAACUUUUUAUUUAACAGCAAGAAAUGUGAAAGGAAAUUGCAAAAAAUGCAAAAAAAAUAUUUUAUAAUUUAAUUGUUAAGUAUUAUUUCUCUUCUUAAUAGGCCUGCUUAUAACUGCAUAUAUAUGUAUAUACAUAUAUCUACGACGUUUACUUAUAAAUAUUAACUGUAAUUUCAAUAUAAUUUCUUAUGCACUUAAUUUUGUAAGCGAAAAUUAAGUUAGCGGAAGUGAGCGAGGAAUGUGCGCAAAAACAACAAAAGCAGCAAAGCAAAUUUUAAAUGUAGUAAUAAUUUUAAUAUGAAAUCUAACGUUACUAUAUCUAUAUAUAUAUAUAUACAUACAUAUGUAUGUAUAUUAUUUCUCAUCUGCACACCUACCACUACACGUACAUAUACUCACCACACUGUCAACACACACACACAUACAUAUGUAUUUUACGUAUGAUAUUAUUGAAAACUUCGGAAAACAGUGUGUCUCAUCCAUACAUACAUACCUAUUAUACAUGCAUACACACACAUACAUGUAUAAAUAUGUAGGUUUUAGCCCGUGUAACAACCACAAACAAAGUCUUUUUGAAAAGGACUCUAAACUUUGACUAGAUAUGAGCGAAAGUUUUUAAAGCGUUUUUAAAAAACCAAUACAGAUACAAACAAGCAAUAGCCCAAACAGAAUGCAAUAUUAAAAUAACCAGUUAACGAAAGCGAUAAACCGAAAUGUGAGAAGUGAAAUUUGGUGCUGUGCAGGUCCCAAUGCGCGCUUGAGGGUUAAGAAAACUGAAUAAAAUAAGGUGUAAGAAAGCUUGUAAGCUACGAAAAAGCUUGUAAGCUUCGGAAAAAGUUGCUCAUAAAGCUUGUGAACCUAAAAAUCAAAAU